AUGUCAGCAGUGAAGAUUCGGAUCGCACAAUCAGAAUGUUAUGCGGACGAGGUAGCUACGAUGAAUCGCAACGUACGGUUACCACCGGAGUACCGUAAAGCUUUAAGUCGCAGCGGUUCGAUUGCGACUCUUUCUCCGAUGCUGGACGAUCGAGGUGUGUUGCGCGUGGAUGGUCGCAUUGCAGCGGCAGACUACGUGAAACGAUACGAAGUUCCCGAUAAUCUGGCGUCACCCGAUCACCAACUUGCUACUGAAUUGAUACCAUCGAAAAUUUCGAUGCCUUGGUUCCGCACCACCCCUUUCGUUCGACCGUUUACCUUCUCAGGGAUCGAUUACUUUGGGCCGUAUCUGGUGAAAGUCGGUUGUAGUGCUGUUAAACGCUGGGUAGCGAUCUUCACGUGCCUGACCGUCCGAGCUAUACACCUGCAGGCAGUGCACAGCUUAACAACCGACUCGUGCAAGAAGGCAGUUCGGCGGUUCGUCGCUCGGAGAGGCGCGCCGAAAGAGGUGUAUACAGAUAACGGGACAAAUUUCGUAGGCGCCAGUAGAGAGCUUGAGCAGGAGUUGCGGGACAUCAACCGAGCCCUGGGUAGCACUUUCACGGACAUUGAUACUCUAUGGCGGUUCAACCCACCGUCCGCUCCGCAUAUGGGUGGAUGCGUUCGGUAA